AUGGCGGCGAGGAACACGCCGGUGCGGGAUGAGCUGGUGCUGAGCCUGGAUGACAUCCUCCCGGUGCUCAAGAACGGGGACGGGAUCCCGGUCGUGAAGCACAACAACCGCGGCCAGAGCGACCAGCGGCGGCUCCGCCUGGACACGGAUGAUUCGACCCUGGAGGUCUUCCGCCAGAGCACGAACGCGUACUACUUCAACCGGAAGACUCGGACGUACAACCUGAGGAACCUGGAAGAGGUGGGGCCCGCAACGAGUGUCCCUGGGGGCCAAGGAGGCAGGGCCGCGAGUCCCGGGCGGACCCUAGUCUUCGUGUUCAGCAACCGAAACCUCUACGUGACCGUCGAAACCCGUGAAGUGUGCGCCGCCCUCGUGGCGCUCUUCCGGCCGGCCGGCUCCGCGCUCCCGAACGGGUCGGGGGGCGGGCAGCAGCAGCAACAGGGCGGGACGGUCACCGCUGCGCAGCGGGGGCGGGGGCGAGGCCGAGUGCGGGCCUCCGAGAACGCGGCGUCGGCGCGGCGAGCUUUGGAGCACCACUCCCGGAGUGCCCGCAGUGUCUCCGGGACGGGUGAUGCCAGGAACACGAAUGGCCACCCGGUGAACAUGAGGAGGAGCGGAGGCGGGGUGCGGGGAGAGGCCGGGGGAUCGAACGGGAUGAGAGGGAGGACCGGCAGGCGCAGCGAGGGCAUGCUGAUGCGGUCGGUGAGCGACACCCUGGGGGCGGAGCUGCUUGACGUGGACGGGGCGUCGACGUCCUCGAGCGACGAGGAGCGGGACGGGCCGGCCGGGUCGUCCUUCGACGGGUCGCAACAGCGGUCGCCGAAGAGUACGUCCGAGUCCCCCGACGCGAUCAUGAGGUCGAGGAUGGUGGGCUUCGGCUCCACCGACGUCCGCAAGUCGAAGCGCGCCGGCAAGGCGUCUUCGAUGAUCCCCACUUGGGCCCGGUUCUCGGAUUCCAGCGAGAGGAGGGGCCCUUCCCCCGCCGCCGCCGCCGCCGCCGCCGCCGGGCCAGCGUCGAAGUCGGCGACGCAGCCCGCUUCCCGCCUCAAGAACACCGGGCUCGCGAUCGAGGGCAAGGCUGACGUGGAAGAGGACGCGGGGGAGGGAGUCUCGGCGGAGGGGUUGCGGCACAAAAGCAGCUCGAGCGAUCCGUCCACCACCAACACCACCAACACCACCACGCUGUAUGGCGGCGGUCACGGUUCCCCGAGCGGCCCGCUAGCCGUCCGCAAGGAGGACCGGCUGACCGCGGAGUCUCUCCGUCGCCCGACCAGCGCUCCCGGCGGGGUCUUGGCCACCGACGCGAAGGAGUCGGCGCCGGCUUUCCAAGACCCGGCGCCUGCCCAGCCCAGCAGAGCCAGUAGCAAGUCUAGGCCGGUGAACUCGUCCCCACCAGAAAGACACGGGAGGGCAAGCCCGCCACUCGGACGAGGCCGGGUAAACCCCCCGCAGCCCCUGCCGCCGGCCGGCACCGGCACCGGCGGCGGCGGCGGCGGCGCGCUGCAGAACGAAGCUUUCGCGUUUUCGCGCCGGCCGGAGCUCUCGCGGACGGUCGCGCGUAGCAGCAACACCACCGCCCCCGCCACCCCCGCCGCGGUCCUAUCGCCGCCGCCGCCGCCGGAGCUGGCGCCGGCGCCUAAACCGAAGGGGGCCGUCCCCGCCUUUGAACCGCGUAUAGUCGACAAACGAAAUAUACCACCCUUGGUGUCGGCGGCGCCGAGGAGGGCGGAAGCGGUGCCUAGGAACGGGGGGGCGCGCGGGGCAGGGGCCGGGGCGUUGGAACGAAGAGGGGUCCCGGCGAAGCAACGGUUCAGCAGGAGUUCGUCGGUGGACAGCCUCGAGGUUGACGAGCCGUACCACCCCCGCCACACUGAUAGGCCCAUGUACGUAAGGAGCUCUACGAGCUUUUCGGAAGAGGACGUUGUUGUGGGGGUGGGCGGGCGGAGGAGCAGCGCGGGCGCACCGGCGCACCCGGGCCCGUCGGCCUCGCGAGGUGUGCAAGAGGGGCGGUCGGCCGUCAGUAAGGCCGGGAGGGGGGCGCAGGAGCGAGAGACGGUGGCGGGCAGGCGUCACCGGCAAGCGGAAGAAGACGCCGCAAUUGGUGUCGCCACGCUUGUCUCGAGGCGGAGCCCCGAGACCGUCGCCGCCGCGUCGCACACCUCCCGCAGCUUGCCCUUCUUAGACGAGAGACACCCUUCCGUGGUCGAAGACAUGGGGGGGGGCACGGGCGGCGCGGCGGGCGAGAAGGCCUCGGGGGGCAUGAUGACGACCGUCGACAGGCUGGAGUCGUUCGGCACUUCCAGGACCGACUCCUUCGGCCCUCCGAACUCGGACAAGUCUGUCGGCAAGCUCACCAUCCAGCCCGCCCUGUCUCCCGACGUGUACGCCGCGCCGUCGGAGGCGGGGACUACCAUGACGUGCGACAGCGGCAGCCUGCCCUUCGCGCCCACGCCGGCCACGGUGGCGGCGGCCGCGGCGGCGCGGACGGCGUUCAACGGCAGCAGGGGCAGCCGGGGGAGCAUGGUCAGCUACGGCAGCAGAGGGAGCGGCACCAGCUACGGCAGGCGAGGGAGCGGGGGCACGGAUUGCACGUCUCCGGACUCACCGCCCGGCGGGGCGGUGGGAGAGGCCAGGGCCUCGAUCUACCUGCCCACCGCCGGGGUGAGGGCGAUCCCGGCCAUGUCCGGCCUGCACCUGAGCGGCGGGGCCCCGCGGGACGAAGCGGCCCAGGGGCCCUCGGGCUUUGAGGAGCUGUGGGCGGUGCUGGAGCCAACGUGGGACAUCAACUCCUCCUUCGGGGCGUCGUGCGCGCCGAAGGCCAUGCUCCUCGGCGGCGUCUACGAGAAGCUGCGCAGCUUCCAGGCGGCGGUGUCGAGCGUGUGCGUCCGUGCGUGCGGGCCGGUGCUGGGCGAGGUCUGCAGGAGGUGCGCGCGGGCGUGGGCGGUGCUGAUCUCGAGGACGGUGCAGGACAUCGUGGAGUCCACGGACCUGGUUCGGAAGAUAGAGUCGAGCGUCCUGCAGCUCAUCGACGUCGUGGAGCGCUACAGGGCCAGCGCGGUCGUGCGGCGCUUCACCCUGCCCCUCAUCGGGGUGGCGACGGCGUGGGAAGAGAUCCUCGCGGGCGGGGAAGGGGGCGACCUGCAGGAGCCCUGCGCGAGGAUAGAGAAGGCCAUCGCCCAGCUCUCGGAGAAGGAGGGCGAGGGAGGCAAGCGCAGCGGUAGCAGCGGCGCCGGCGCCGGCGCCGGCGCCGGUGGGUCGGCAGGAGGAGGCGGUGGCUCCAGCAGGCCCGGGCGGCGGGGAAGUUUCUCGAUGGACCUGAAGCUGCCGCCUUGUCCUUCCUACUGGGCGAAGGGGCAGUUCGACCAGCUCACCCCGAACCGUCUCGCCGACGUCUUGACGUUGCUCCACGAGCCCGCCCGGUUCGCCGAGCUGGCGGAGCUCGUGACCCACGCGAGUGACGUGGGCCCGGCGAGCCGCGGCUACAGCGCGGCCUGGAACUGCGUGCGGAGGGCGGAGGGCCCGGCGCUCGGCCGGGAGCUGAGGCGGGCUCUUUCGGCGACGCUCGUGGCAGCGGGCGAGCUGCUCCCCCUGCCGCGGGUGCCCCCGCCCCCGCCGGCGUACGUGCCCAGGGAGAAGCUCACGGAGCAGAUAGAGGCGACCAUCUUGCACCCCUUCCUUCCGCUGGAGAUCGCGGGGAUCGGCGGGCCCAGUGGGUCAGGCAAGACUGUCCUCGCCGCGGCGGUCGUGCGGGACGCCACAGUGCGCUGCCGGUUCGGGGACCGAGUCUUCUGGCUGCACGCGGGGAAGGGGGCGAACCACCGCCUGGUCUCGGUCCUGCAGGGCCUCGCCGACACGGUGUACGCCUGGCUGACGGACGGCGAGCAUGCGGGGGGGGCGUCAUCGUCUGCGUUGCUAAGGCGGAGCGUGGGCAGCGGCGGCGGGGGCAGCGACGCUGGCGGCGGCGGCGGCGACCCGGGCGCCGCGCUGGCGGACCCGAACCUGCGAGAACCGGUGCGUUUCCGGGACCAGGACCAGGCGGUGAACUACGUGGCGGACCUGUGCCGGGGGCCGCUGCUCGCCGGUCUCCGCUGCCUGGUGGUGGUGGACGACGUGCACGAGAGGGAGGUGGUGGACGCCCUGUGGAAGUCGGGCUGCCAGCUGCUCGUCACCAGCCCGGUGAAGGGUCUGCUGCAGGCGGUCGGGGCGGAGGCGACGAUGGCGCAGCCGCUGGGCGUGGAGGUCGCCAGGCAGCUGGCGACGAGGGCGGCGGGCGAGGUGGCGCUGUGUGAGGAGGGGGGCCGGCUGGUGGACCUGUGCCGCGGGUGCCCGCUGGCGCUGGCCAUGUCGGGCGCGAUCACGCAGGCGGUGUUUAGCGGCGGGAGUGAUGCCCGAGAGUACCGGAAGCCCGGGCUGGCCACGCCCAGGUCAGCAAUCGGCGAGGAUACGGCGGCGGGCGGUGGCGGGGGAGGUGAAGAAGAAGAACCGAGCACUUGGUCGUUUAGCACUCUGGCCGCUCCCGUCGGAGCCUGGGUGGAGCAGGUGGUGGUGGGCACGUCCGGUUCGCCGCCGACCAGUCGGCAACGCCAAGGCGGCGAUGCUCCGUCGUCCAGAGAUAAGGGGAGACCGGCGGCAACAGGCCCCGGGGAAGACGUCCGUGGAGUAGUAGCAGGCGCGGGCGGGGAUGGCGCGGUCACGGGGGCGGGGGCGGUCGCGGGGGCGGCGGCGGCGGCGGCGGCGACCGUUCCGGGUCACGAGCUAGGCCCGGAGGCGACGGCGUGGGCGAACCUUGCCCGAAGGAUUGACGCCGCGCUUGCGAGGCUGGGGCAGAGCAGAAGCGCGCUGUGUGGUUUGCUCGCCGAGGCGGGUCCCGAGCAGGAGAUGCCAGUGCGUCAGCUGGUGGCGGUGCUGACAGAGCUGGCGCUCCAGGAGGCGGACACAAUUCUGGGCGGCUCGGGAUGGGCGGUGGAGUGCUACCUCUCGUUCGCCCUUCUUCCGGAGGGGCACCCCUUGCCCCCGCCCGCGCUGGAGGAGUUUUGGCGGAGCGGGUGGGGGGCUGAGGAAGGGGCCACCGCCACUGCCGGCCGGGGCGGUUCUUCGUUCGCGGCGGCGCACAAUCUCCCGUCGCCGGUGGAGGUCUUCGAAGCGCUCCGGAUGGUGUGCCGGGCGGGCGGGGGCGAGGGCGCGGACGGGCUCGUCCUGCACGGGCUGCAGCGGGCGGUGGUCUCGUGCCUGGCCCUCAGGCACCCGGAGGCCAUGCAGAAGGCGGCGCGCCGCAGAGCGCGGACGCUGUCCAGGAUAUCGUCCCUCGUGGGCACCUUCCACGAUGCCUGCUGGGGGCUGCGGUGCGCGGAUGCUGGGGCAGGGGGCGCGAGUGGCGGCGAUGACAGCAGCGGCGGCGGCGGCGUUGCUGGCGCGAUUCCGUCCGGGCUCCUGGGCAGCGGCCGUCCCGGCCCGCCGCACCACGGGUACGGCGGGUUUUCCCGGUACGACUACCUCGUGGCCUCGUGGGACGCCCUCCCCGCUCCUUACUCGCUGACGUCCGCGGUGGCUGGGUACGUCUCGUCGGUGAGAGCGGCCUAUCGGGAAGCGGCAGCGGCGGCGGCGGCAGCGGCGUUGGUAUCGUCGGGGGGGAACGAGGGCGAGGGUGGCGCGGAGGGAGCCGCCUCCGCCGGAGGGGCGGGGGGGUGGGCCACGGCGCGAGCGCUGGCCUCGGCCGCGGACAUGCUGGCGCUGGCGGGGCAGCGGUCGAGAGCGAUAGCCGUGUACGAGGAAGCCUGCGGCCUGCUGGCGGAGGAGGCGGCGCGGGCGGCGGGGGCGGUGGGGGUCCCGCAGAAGGAGCGGGCGGCGAGGGAGUCGCACCACAAGGUGGCGUCGAUGCUGCAGGAGCUGGCCAUGCUCGCCGCGCAGUUCGAGAGGGAGGCGCCGGCGAUACGGCUGCUCCAGCGCGCCGUGGAGAUGCACCUGUCGGCGCUGGAGGCGAGCGGGGUGCUCGUGCCUCAUUUCGCCGGGGGGAACGAGCACAGAUCGAAGCUUCAGGCCGACGGAGGUGAUGCCACCGUGGCGGCAGCGGCGGCGGCCGCUGCAGAUGUGCAAGGGAGGGGGGCAGACGUUACGUAUCGGGCAGUAGUGGACGAUGCGCGGCCUCUCUGUUCGCGGCUGUGGCUGCAGUUCCCCGUGGGAACACGGGAGCGCGCGGCGUCGGCGGGUAGAGGGGACGGCGGCGGUGGCGGCGGAGGGAACGGCAACCUGCCGGCGUUCGGUAGGCUUGACGUUGUUGGGACGUGCGUGGGGGACCUUUGGCUGGUGCUGGCGUGCACGCGGGUGCUGCGGCAGGAGGAGAAGGUCGACGAGUCUGCCCAGCUCGCGGAGAAGGUGUACCCGGUUCUCAAGGAGAUCCUGGGCGCCGACCACGCCUUCACCAAGGCCGCGCUCGCCGCGUUCGUCGGGCAGGGCAUCGUGGACCAGUCCUUGAAGGAGGCGGACGUGCACGGCAGCGGCAGCAGCGGCGGGCACCCGUCGCUCCCCAGCCCCACGUCGCGCCGCCUGCUGGCGAGGAGCUCCGGCGGGCGCGGCGCGUCCGCCGCCGCCGCGAGCGCCGGUGCCAGCGCCGCCCAGAGCACGGCCGGGUCUUCCUCGCUAGCGGCGACGACGCUGUCAGACCUGUCGCUGCCGCCGUCCCCCCUUCCCGAGGAGUUUUACGCCAGGUACUCGUCGUCGGUCAACGGCGCGAAUAGCGGCCGGGGGGACGCCCGAUCAGUCGGCCACGAGGGAAGCGGCGGCGGCGCCGGCGCCGGCGGCCGCGGCCGCGGGCGAAGCAACAGCGGUUUCUCGAACAGCGGUUCGGUGACCUCCGGCACCGAGGGCGACGACGGUGAGGACAGCGACAGCGGCGACAGCGGCGCUCUCGGGGUGCACAGGCGGGCGGGGCCCGUGGGCGGGGGCGCGUACGGCAGCCUGUCGUUUCCCAGGAGGGUGCUUAACGGCGGGAGGCAAGAGCACGGGUGGCGGAUGGAGGGGGCGCACGGGUGGGGGCAGGGCGAGGCGGCGGCCGCGGCGUCGUCGUCGUCCGGCGGGGGGGCAAGGAGGGGCGGCGGCGUGGAGCCGGCGAGCUCGCGGAUGCAGCAAGAGAUCUACUUCCGGCACCGCACCCGCAGGGCGCGGGCGCACGCGUUUCUCAUCACGGCGGCCACGCGCGCCCGGCUCAAGAACGCGGAUCGUGACGAGGCAGGGCUAUUCUUGCGAGACCUGGGGAGGCAAGCCGGCGCGACAUCGUCCGGUAGUAAUGGCGGCGGCGGCGGCGGCGGCGGUGGCGGCGGGCGGGAGGGUGUGGCGGGGUUGGCGGCGUCUCCCGAUGGAACUCCGCAGAUGGCCAGACUAACUAGACGGUCGUAGACACGUUUGUUUGCUGUGCGAAAAGUUUUUGGUUGUUUUCUGGUAGGCGUCUUUGGGUUGCUGUAGACGCGAAAGAACGUCAAGGCGAGAUAUCUCUCAGCAAACAAAGAGGACUUUCGUUUUCCUUCCACCUCCUUCAUUUUUCUCGUUGUUGUUUCUUGUGCUGUCAGGGUCUCGAGCUUUUGCGCAAAGUACACCCCCCCCCCUCUGCUGGCCUGGUCAUCGUUAUUGUAGAUUUGCCCCCCCGUGUGGUGUUGUCCUUGAUGCAUUUUUUAUUGGUCUCCUCUCCCUUUCUCUUUCCACCUAUUUUUUUUUGUUAUUGCUUCGCCACCAUCUGGUAGGUGGGAAAUGAUGAUGGUGGAUGACUUGACGUAUUGCGAACGCAUCCGUAUAACUCAGUAGUAACUCGUGUGCAGCAAAACGGAGCUUUGUGAAAGGAACAGCGCGAUCAGUCUAGUCGGCGCUACUGCUGUACUGCCGUGUGUCGAGUUCUGUAGAAGGCAAGGACGUCCUAACGCCGGCGUGCUGGGGAUCAUUGUGACGUGUACGAUGGGUUUUGCGGUGUGUGGGCGCGGUAUGUAUAUGGGGGUCACAGGUCGUAGUUCAAGCGGCCCUCUUUAGUCUUGUUGUUGAUGCUUGUGCCGCGUUAUGGGCGCUAGUGUACCCUUUGCGAAGAACUCGAGCAGCCGGGUCGGCAUGUUUUGUGACUAUUCUCACCACACUCGGUAAAUAUGUUUUGGCGUCCAUGUGUCAAGUCAAGCGACGCACUCAUUCGAUCCAUACGGGCGGGUUAAGUAGAUUAUUAGGGGAGACACCGUCCGCCUAAGUCUUGUGUCUGCUGCUGCUGCUGCUGCUGUCGUCGUAGGUUGUUGUCGUUGUCUGUUUAAGCGUCCGACGUCUUUCUUUGUUGAUUUUUCCUGGCCGACUCCAUUGUGCCGCAUGCCGUUCGAGCGCCAGGAAGAAAGAAAGCAUGCAUCCCGUGGGUUAUGGGUUUUGCUAUGGAGCAAGCUUCUGGCUGUUAUAUAGGAAGCUUCUUGUUGCCGAAGAGAACCGUGUAUUGUCGAGCGCUUCUGCCUUCCUUCAAGUUUCAAGUAAAAAUAAAAAUUCCAGUCAGUCAGGUGGGUCCGUUUUUGUGUUCAUUUGGGCAUCCUCUGUUUCUCCUGUUGUCGUUGUUGAUGAUGGUGUUUUUGUGUCCGGCUCGCCACCCUCACCGCCAUUGGCUACCUGAUGACCGGUUGGUUGGUUGCCUCUGUCCUAUUUUUUAUUACUAUACGCCUUCUUUGUCUCCCAGCAAGAGGCCGUACGCACAUUAUGCGCACGUGCUUAGCCCUUCCUCUCCUUGUUCCGAUAUGUAGCGGCCGUGUACGUUUUUACUCCUUCGGGUAGUGGGGGAGAGAUGUGAUAGCGCUUGUGCGGUGGGGGGCCUGUGACCCAGUUCCCCAUCUGUCUCUUUUUUUCUUUUUGCAUUUUUUUUUGGUUCCCCGGGAGUCUGAGAGCCAACAAAACAAGUACAAAACGCACACGCGCGCACGCGCAAAAUCUAAGUGGCGGUGACUGGUCGCGACAAAGAGUUAGUCUAGAAGGUAUCCACAGGCUGUGCCAGUUUUUAAUAUUUUUAUAUGGGAGUCUGUCUAUCGUCCAACCAAAGCGGAUGUUUGGUGACGGUUGGAGGUGAUGGUGCCGGAGCACUGCCUUUGCUGUAAGUGAUGCUGCUAAUCGGUGGCGGUGUGUGCGUUCCGCAAGAAGACCUGGGGGAAAAGGCAUUAUCCCCAGAAGUAACAGACUUUCUCGGGGGGGGGGGGGGGUUACUCGUUUUUUAUGGGUGUCGCGUGUAGCACGUGCUUGGUGUUGUGUACAUGUGAACAUCCAUCUCAAGUGUUUAUUUUGAGAAGAAUGGACGAAAACAAGGGUCGCCUGCGACGACGACCAACAUGGCGUUGGGGGGCUAAAUUGAAUGGUAAUGGUUGUAUCCAUGCUGUUGGUACUGCUGUUUCGAUCCAUCCAUCCAUGCUCUCGUACGUGUUCAUUCUCGGCUAUCUGUCAGCGGCGUGCCUGCGAGGUACAGCAGCAGUGGGGGGCCGGGUGUCGUCGCACACGGUCAUUAUGUCAUCAUAGUGUUUCUCUUCGCCGCAGCUUGAGGGGGCAUCAUCGGGCUACAAGACAGCAGCUGUUGCUUUCAGCACACCACCCGUCAAGGGGGUCGGGCGUGUGAUGUUUGUUAAAGCCAACAGAAAUAUUAUUGCACCACGCAUGCCGGGUGGAUGUAUUACAUGUGAGCGCGCUCGUAGCAGCGCGCUGCGACACACCACUCUGUUCGAAAAUAUGCAUAUAUAUAAGGGACAUGAUUCGGAAACAAGCACGAACACCACAAUGAAUGGUGCAAUGGUCCCUCCCUAAACUUCCCUGAUUCGUGGCGCGAUUCGGACCCGACGUAGCCGCAUGGAUGUGUGUUACGUGCCUCUUGAGAUCGUCCGUGUUUCUGUUGCUGAGGAAAUGAAGGUUGACGUCGAGCGGGAGAUUUUCGAGACGUUGUCUCAUCUCUUGUCCGCGCUGUUCGUCCGAAGUCUUGUAUGCACAUGUAAAUGUGUUGUUUUCAGCUGGGGUCGCAAAUGCCCUCUCGUCUUGGGUUGCGGCACGAACGAGUACAUUUGUUCUUGUGCUGAGCACAAAGGAAGUCCGCCGGGGUUGGGCGGAAUAAAAGGCGCAUACGAUGCUAAAUCCCAGAGUGCCAGCUUGAGCAAUCACUCGCAAACGAGGCACACAACAUCAGCUCGGCUGCUAGGGUCACGGUGAUGGAGUCCCAUCAUCAUAUUCGAAACCACCUAAAACGGGGGGAAAAGCUGACCCCCUCUCCGACACACACACUUUCUUUGUUACUUGUAAGACAUGGAAACAAUAAUCAAACAAACACGCAACCGCCAACGAAGGAUAGGAAUCAUGGGAGGAACGCUCCUGCGUGGUAUACAGCAGUAGCAGCACUUGAAACGCAAGCAGUCAGGGGGUGGUGCUGAUGGGCUGGCCGCAGUCAGAGCGACGAGACGAACGAAAGGCACGCACCAAACUCAACAAAAAACCGCACACGAACGACUAUGCAUACAGUACAACGCACGUCACACCCACACCACCGUCACCGCGGUGUGAGGAGCUAGAACAAAAUGUCUACUUACCACCCGCAGCAGCAGCAGCAGCAGCAGCAGAAGUAAUAAUGUUGCACGCACGUUGUGAAUUUAUGUGCACAUCUACAUGUCUAUCUAGGCCCAUCUCCACCAAGCGAUGCGUCGUCGCUGUUGCUGGCGGGCCGGCACACCAACACGGGAACAACGAUACGCAAGAGUACAAGAAGAAGCAGACGCAACAAACGUCCCUCUCCCCCCCACCGCGCCCUCUAAACAAACACCACCGAACAGCACCAACGGCAACGACGACAACGUCAACGACAACAAGAGCAACGACAUCAAGCAAAAGAGACCACCUAGAACCAAACCACAGAGCACGGAACGCCUUGGAUAACGACGGCCGGGCGAAUAACGCAAAAAAACGCAAAGAUUUUCAUUCUAUAAUGUAAAUCGUACCCCCCCCAUCUCCGCGGACAAACACUCCCGGCAUUCGCGCGGGUCCGUUCUUCGGCCAACUUACACAACGUCUCGCAAAUCACGCAGUGCACCAACCUUGGAAGGAAAAAUUAGUUCGCGUCGCGAUGGGGAGCAUAACAAGAGUGUGACACUCUGCACCGCCGUAUGAUGACCUUUCGCCGAACACACAAAAAAAACACACAUACGCACCACCUGUGAUAGAUAGAUCCCCCAUUGACGACAUCACGCCCCCGCCAAUCAGACACGUCCCUCGCUUGCUCCAGCUCAAGCGACCCCUCUCGUGCGCUCAGCGGGGCAGGCCGGCCGAACCCCUACGGCGCCCACGCGGCGGCGGCGGCGGCGGCGGCUUCUGCUGCUGCUGCUGCAGCUGCUGCUGCUGCUUCGCCCGGGGGGGAGGGCGGAUCGCUCUCGCCCUCCUCGAGCUUGAGG